GAUUGAGACAGCGUAACGGUUAUCUAAACACCGGUGUUAGGUUGGUAUUAGCAACCGGAGUAGCAACAAGAAGGUUAAUCAACACCUUAUGAAUUUGGUGUUUAUAAACAUUACCGUGUCUUUUAUGAAGCUCAAUGUGUGCAGAAUAAAAUAAUGGAUCUUGGUGAUGGCCUGAUGUUUGAACUUGAGAAUGGGAAGCCCAAGCUUGUGUUGGCCCACUAUGCCGAGUCAAAGGCCUCCAGUAAGAUGGGAUUUUAUCAGGUUCCUCAGAAGAACAAGCCACUGAAAGCCACAGCCACCUCUAAACAAGGUCCUAAAGAAGAGGAAAGAUGGAAGAGGGACAAGAAAUGUAGAGACACUGGAGGUGUCAAUCAAGCUGAACAUGGCAGCCGAAAGAGCAAACUGAAGAGCAGGACGGAUCGCUGCAGCGUCAUCGGGGUGGUCAGGGUCCAGUCAGACGAAAAAAACAAGUCCUCCAACGAAACAUCAAACGUCCUAGAGAAGACCGUAAAGGAGAGUUUAGUGUGUUUAACUCAAGAACAGCUUCAGCAGAUCCUCAACAGCAUCAGGGCAACAGGGCAAAACAUCCAAGAAGACUCUGCAGCUCGCAUCCAGAACGGAGCAGCUACACAAGAGGAAGAAACUGAAACGUUGCCUAGUGCAACUGUAGAGGACCAGCAAGUGAACUCACACGAAAAAGGAAAUGAGGAAAACACCCCGAGCGAUUCCACCGCAACAGGUCUGUUCAGCCUUUUUGGAGAAUGCGAGCAGAAGAGAGACGCACUCAAGGCUAAAAAAGCACAAUGGAGAAGAGAGCUAGACGAGCAGAUGGCACUUAAAAGGCAGCAGAAAGAGAGCGUGGAGGUUCUGGCUCACAGGGAGCAACACAGAGGUACGAAAGCUGGAACCAGAUCAAGUGACCAGCUAUCAGGGGUGCAAGAGGACAGAACAGAACAGACUCGCACAGAAACCACAAACAAGCAGCUCCCAGCUCCUCAUAUACAUAACAACACGAAGACUCUUCCCUCUGCUAUCCGCUCCGCGUUUGUACUGGGGGAGGCCACGCCGCUGGAACAGGCGUUCAGCGAAGAGAAGAAAGAGCAGCAGAGACGCUGGCUGCAGGAUUUGGAACAGCAGAGAGAGGAAACCAAACUGCGUAGGAAACUGGAGAAACAGAGCCAGAGUCAGGUAGAGGAUCACGAUCGCUGGGCCAUGCACUUUGACUCCUUUCAGCGGCGUCUCCCAGCACAGCCUGCUUCUAUUGCAGAGCUCGAUGUGGAAAGCUCUCUCUCCCAUCACCGCGCCCCCUCUCAGGCUCUAUCCGCUACCUGGGAGGCCACAAGCUCAUAUGGAUUGGACAGUAUGGGCAGAGCCAGUGUGGACACCACUCAGGGCUUACAGCCGAAGGCCAGCUACCUGCGUACCAUGACGUCACUCCUGGAUCCAGCUCAGAUAGAGGAGCGCGAAUGGAAGCGUGUGAAACAGCUUGAACAUCAGCGAGCUAUCGAGGCUCAGGUGGAAGAGCGGAGGCGACAGAAAGAAAAAGAAGAGGCCAUUCGUCAGGCCAGGGAGCAAGAGGAAGAGCAGAGACUCACUAAAGAGAGGGAACUUCUGCAGCAGCAGUACCUGAGAGAUACUCAGCUACAGAGAGAAAAGGAGGAGUCAAAGUCACGCAAAACACAGGAGAUGUAUCUGAGUCUGCAGAGGGCAUCAGAGGAAGCACAGAAAGACAAACACUUACAGAGAAUUAAAGACCUGGCUAAGAAAGGCCAUGAUGUUACUAAUCUGAUGCGGAGUGAAUCUACCUCACAGGCAUCGAUUGGUCAAGGUUCAGAGAGUAUGCCUACAUCAGACUCCAUAACAGAGGCUCCACACACAGCCAGAAAAGACAUCGCCAUUCAGACAGAAAUGAAUCAAGGUAGCCCAUCCCCUGAGACCAAUGGAGGCAAUCAAGCUCAAAUCGAAUACAAGGCUCCUCCCAACAUGAAGAAACCCAGACGUGAAGGCAGGCUGGCUGAAAAGAACAGUGGAAAAGAGAACAUGUGCAAGGCCAUCAAAGAAACAGAUCCGUAUGAAGCCUUCGCUCGAACAGACAAAACCCGCGGACAACAGCAGCCGCUCAAGAGACCAGAGUGGAGAACACAGAGGCCCGGGAAGGCUUUUGUUCCUGCGUCAGAGCGUUACCCUGCAGCACUGCAAAAACACAGACAGGAGAACAGGAUGCGCAGGCAGAUGGAGCUCAUGAACCUGGUAGAAAGGAACACAACUUCCAGAACUCCACAACAAGCAAUACCUCCACGAUCCGGAAAUCCGUCUCAUAUUCAACGGUGCUCGAACUCAACUAAUCAGAAUGAUAAGAAUUCGCAUGCACAAUCGGCCGGUCAAAGCAGAGUUCCCUCUCCGCCCGUCCCUGCACUGAGGCACAGGCUCCAACUUCUUCCUCAAUCACAUGCAGAGGAAAAGUCGGAAAAAUCUGGCAGGCCUCCAUCGUCCGACUAUGUCCCAUACUUGCGCACAGAUGAGGUUUACCACCUGGAUCCUCAUGCCCCCAUCUCCAGACCCACUACACACGAAGGUGCACAGAGGAUACAAGCAGACGUGAGCAGUAACAGACAGUACACCCCUCUACCGCAGCGGGAUCCUCUCCUACACCCCGAGCUGCUGAAGAGCACAGAGAGACAGCAGGCUAUUCUCAAAGGCUUGUCUGAACUCAGACAGGGCUUGCUGCAGAAACAGAGAGAGCUAGAAACCAACCUUAGCCCUUUACUGCAGGGGCAAAGCAGAACCCACUCACCAGCUUUCCAGCCCCCGUGAAAGAGAACCACAGAGUACGAUACACACAAGCAUUAGUUUCUGUCCACAGCGAACACACAAUAAGGAUACCAACGAUCUCAUUUCUACAGCAAAAUAACCAUGCACUUUUCAUCGACUGUGAUUGUUUUUAAACAGUAUUUAUGGAGUUUCUAAAGCUGAUUAAUGUGGUUAAUUCUAUUGGGUAAUGUAUUAUUUAUUGGGUUGCUAACUACAAAAGUUCAACCCGAACUUCAUUUAUAACUUGACAAUGUGAAUUUCUCACCAUUUUAAACCAGGUACUUAAUUGUUAAGGUUUUAAUGUGAAUUAAAGUGUUUUGGAUUUUGGUAAA